UUUCCUUAUCUAUCUAUUCAUUGUUUCUUGCCCAUUAUCGUCUCUCUCUCUCUCUCUUCUUCCUCUUUGGAAGAAAAUACUAUUAGUAAGUAUGAUAUGAGCCUAGGAUUGAGCCAGUGAUCCCCCGAUCCUUCCUAAUCCCUGUGCUGCCACUUGCCCCGACCUGUUCACCGUGACCGUACCACCACCACCACCACCACCACCACCAGCUGCAGCAACAGCACCCCGCCCCCUCCUCAAACUAAACCCCUCCCUUUCCAAUUCCACCCCCCUCUUCCCCUCCCUCCCCCUGUUAUUUCGUUUAUUUUUCUUUUUUUUAUCAUCUGGGUGUUCCCCCCUCCUCCCUACUAGUUCCUUCCCAAACUUCUUCUCCUCUUUCACUCUCAAACAUCUCUCUCUCCCUUUUGUUUGAUACCCACACUAAUCUUGCGUGCUCCUCUUCACCUUUGUGUAUAGAUUUUGUCACAGUUGCCAUAAGAGAAGUUCUCAAAAAUCACAAUGGUUAAAGCGGCUGUUCUUGGAGCAUCUGGUGGCAUUGGCCAGCCUCUGUCUCUCCUGCUUAAGACAAGCCCCCUGGUUGACGACCUCGCGCUCUACGAUGUUGUGAACACCCCCGGUGUCGCUGCCGACCUUUCUCACAUCUCCUCUGUCGCCAAAAUUUCCGGAUUCCUGCCUAAGGAUGAUGGAUUGAAGCACGCCUUGACCGGUGCUGACAUUGUUGUCAUCCCUGCUGGGAUUCCCCGCAAGCCUGGAAUGACUCGUGAUGAUCUGUUCAAGAUCAACGCCGGUAUUGUGCGCGACCUGGUCAAGGGCAUCGCCGAGUACUGCCCCAAGGCAUUUGUUUUGAUCAUCUCCAACCCUGUCAAUUCGACUGUUCCCAUCGCCGCAGAGGUCCUCAAGGCCGCUGGCGUCUUUGACCCUAAGCGUCUCUUUGGUGUUACCACUCUGGAUGUUGUCCGCGCGGAGACCUUCGUCCAGGAAUACUCAGGCCACAAGGACCCAUCUGCUGUGCGCAUCCCAGUUGUCGGUGGCCACUCGGGAGAGACUAUUGUUCCCCUCUUCAGCAAGGCAGCCCCCGCUUUCCAGAUCCCCGCAGACAAGUACGAUGCGCUUGUCAACCGCGUUCAGUUCGGUGGAGAUGAGGUUGUCAAGGCCAAGGAUGGUGCCGGCUCCGCGACCCUGUCUAUGGCCUACGCUGGCUUCAGAUUUGCUCAGAGCGUUAUCAAGGCUUCUCAAGGCCAGUCUGGUAUCGUCGAGCCUACCUUUGUCUAUCUGCCUGGUGUCACUGGCGGUGACGAGAUUACCAAGGCCACCGGCCUGGAAUUCUUCUCUACCCUUGUAGAACUUGGCACCAACGGAGCUGAGAAGGCCAUCAAUGUUCUUGAGGGCGUGACCGAGCAGGAACAGAAGCUCAUCAAGACCUGCACUGAGGGCUUGAAGGGCAACAUCGAAAAGGGAAUCGAAUUCAUCAAGAACCCUCCACCAAAGUAA